UCAAGGCUUCGUGUCCAUUACAAAGGACAUGUGCAAUACUGGAUCAAAUGGCAAUGAAAUUUGAUCUAGAUGAAGUGUGAAAUCGCAGUACAUGUCUGUCAAAUUAUCCAGAGCGUACGGUGGUGUGUUUAUGAGGGCUCUAUUUCAGCUGUGUUGGCUUACUAAGGACAAGCAGUACUGGCCUAAUGAAAACUGCUGCUACUAGUUACUUCUUAUGAGAUUUUUAAACAAAAUUUGAACUGCUACACUGAGUUUGUAUAGAAUCAUGGUUGUAGUAUUUUUGCAAUAUGCUCAUUAAGUCGGAUUUGCCAUCUUGUAGGGAUCCAUCCUAAGGCAGAGGUAGAAAAGCAUGCGCAGCCACAAUCUCUGGGUGUUGUGGAUACUAUCACUUAUUCGAAAUAGGCCCUGAAGUUGAGGUUAUCAACUUUAAAGGUAUUUUUAAAGAGGCAGAUCUAGGUACUUGACUAAAAGCCUGGGGAAGAGGGACAUGAAAUAGGAAGAAUGUGAUGUUAGCCCAUGCUGUUUUCUGUUUGUCUGUUUUGAGUUAAGAGGUAAAGUUCUCCUUUAUUUCAUCUAUUUAGUCCAUUUGGUGCUUUUAAUUUAUUAACUUAUUGAGCAUCUAAUUUGGCAUAAUUUAUUUUGAGGUUUGUGAUGUGAAGAAUAAUUAAUGUGAGAGAACAGUGAUAAAUUAAGCAGCUUGGGCCUAACUCUGUAACUUUUACAGUCACUCCUAAUGACACAAAAUAAGUUAGCAGUUUUUUUCUAAAUGGAGUAGACUUGAAUAUAUGUCAGAAUAACACAAGUCCCAAAUGGGUGUUAAAUUCUACCAUUAUUUGUUUGUAUUUUAUAAACAUUUUAUUAAUGCUAUAAAUGAUUAAACAAAGUGGCAUAGAAAUUUUGCUGGUUACAUUUGGAGACAAAUACUUGAAGCUGGCAGUAGGUACAAGUAUGCUGGAGGACAGGAUUUGAAUUCAAAGUUAUCGCAACAGUACAAAUAAUUAAAAAGAUUGAAUGCAGGUCAGUAAAGAGAAGUGAAAGGUAAUGUACUCUGGAAUAAUCAGUUAAAUAAAAAAGGAUGAGAAACAAUUGGCUUCAUAAAUCUGAAGGAAAAAAAUCUAGAUAAUGGAUCAGAAUUGAAGGCAGUUCAACAAAGUCAUUAGUAGCAAAAAAAAAGGAAGACUGAACGGAAAUCCCUGAACAGGUUGGUGGCCUACAGCACAUACCACAUUAUGUUAGUGUUUCACACAGCGUAAGGGCUUCGUCUGCAGCUGAAUGCCUGGUUUGGGGAACAGCCAUUCACGGAGGAGCUGAGGAAAUGAGAUUCAAGGAGGCAAAAGGACUGGAAGUGCGGAGCAGCAAGGUGAAAAGAAAUAUGAUGCCAGACUUGCCAGGCACUAAGGGCUUUUGCAGAGAAGGAGCAAAUAAAACUGCUGCAUCCUUAUGGCAAACAGUAUGAAAUGCAUUUAUCUUGCUGUCCAUAUGGAGCAGAGGCUGUAAGUUCCGGCAAGAAAUGUUUAGACUGGAGACUAGGGGAAAAAAAAAAAUCUGAAUGUAAGUACCACAAAUCUCUGGUAUGGAUUGCCCAGGGAGGUUGAUGCAUUUCCAGCACUGCAUAUUUGUAGGUUUGGUACCACAUCAAGGAUGACAUCAGGAUAUGAGGCUGGAUUAAAGGAUUCCAUUCUUUUUUGAUGAUUUCAUGAUAAGGUUCAAGGCCACAGAAAAUCAUGAUGUAAUCAAAACACCAAUAUUGGUGAUCAAACCCAAACCUAUAGAUUGCAAAAUGGUACAGUAGAUGUGCGUGUCUAGCUCUUGGCUCCAGACUGGAGAAUUUGGCCUGAUACUUAACAGAAGAAAACUGACCACAGACUGCAUACAAGGCUCAGAGAGCCAAAACCACAGCAUACACAGAGAAGAAAGGCAAGUAGCACUCUGCAGAAAUACGAACCUUUUAUUUUGAAAAAGUGUAUGUAUAUAGCGUAAUAUCUUUCAUAGCCAUUAGUGUUUGUAAAGGUUAGUUCGUCUUAGCAACCAGUUCUAAAAACAGAGUGCAGGCUCACACAAUCUUCAUUAUAUCACAUCCAGGAGGAAGUGAUUUUGUUACUAUGCAGGGACUUCUACUGUAUUCAUUACAGCCAACAGCAUCGAAGAAACAUGCAGUAGUAUGAGAUAGCAUUUCUUUUUCCAUAACAUUUCCAUAGAUAGGACAGUAUAACUAGUAAUGUAUUUCCUAAGGAGAUAAAAAAUCACCUCUUGGUAUUUUGGGUUUUUAACAUUUAAAAGCUCCAUAAUUUUCCUAGUAAGUUCUGUCACCAAGUAAUGUGAGUAGCUGGAAAUAGUUUAUUUCUGGAUUAGUCUGCACUGCUCUAAUUUCCUUCUCUUAUGCACUUUCUGAGUUUUAAGUUUGACCUGCAUAAUUUCAUUAAGGUGUAUACCAUAUAUACCACAUUAAAAAAAAAAAACAAACCAAACAAAAAAAAAAACCACCACCACCAACAAAAAACAACAAAACAAAACAACAGAGGAUAACAGCUUGCAUUACAAAAGUGUGAUGGUAUCUGGCACUAAAGUACCAACAGAAGAACACCGUGCUGCAGAUAACAGAGAGCUGAAUGUCGCUUUUCAGCCCUACUUGUCCAGAUCUUUGGGUCUGACAAUUAUAGGAAAAACAAGUUUAUUUCAGAAAAGCAAACAUUAUCAUUAAUUAUAACUGCUGAGAUAAUUUGUAAUGUUUCUUUAUUCUUUUGUGAAGUGCUAGGAACUGAAGUGGAUCGCACAACUUCUGAAUCCAGACUGCAGGCUUUUAUUUCAGUCUUCAUUCUUGUAGUAUGAAUAGCUGUCAGAAUGAGAACUGGCAUGCAAUAUAAAUUGCACACAUUUAAAGACGGACAAUAAAAUGAGAGGGGGACAGGAGGAAGCAAGAAAGAGACCAAAAAAAUCAGAUGAAAUACACUUCAAAGAUUUUGCAGAACUCCAGCUGGAACUUUUUAAACAAUCAGAUCUAGGCAAAACAUAAAGGUUAACCUACGUUGGUUAUUGGAAUUGGAUGGGAAGGAUGGACUGGGGGGAGAUGCGUAGACCAUUCUGGCCUCGAGAGAAGGAGAAAUGGCUGCACAUCAAACUAAGGUAAGGGCCCCCAAAAUGCAACAAGCUGCAGUUAAGCGGUCACAGCUGUGAGGUACCCUGGGGAGUAAAUCUCGCUGCAAAGAGCUCUCCGGGGAUUUUGCCCGGCUGGUGGCCGGCCUAAGUGAUGAAACUUGUAUUGCAGUGGGCGAGUGAAAAUAAAUCUAACUUCCACCUUUGAAAAACACUUCAGUUGCAUUAAAACAGGUAAGGAGUCCGCUCCGUGACUCCUGGUGAGCCUGGAAAUGGGAUUUCUGUCAGGAAAUGGGAUUUCCCUCAUCGCCGCCGCCGCCCCGGGGGAAGUGGGGCCGGAAGUGACGCGGCGGCGGGAGCCGGGCGAAGCGGGGGCGGCGGCGGCGGCGUCGGGGCGAUGAACAGCCGCCUGCAGGAGAUCCGGGAGCGGCAGAAGCUCCGGCGGCAGCUCCUGGCGCAGCAGUUAGGGGCUGAAAACGCGGACAGCAUCGGAGCCGUGCUGAACAGUAAAGAUGACCAGCGGGAGAUCGCUGAAACCAGGGAAACGUGUAGGGCUGCUUAUGAUACUUCUGCACCAAAUGCAAAACGCAAGUAUGCAGAUGAGGGAGAAGCUGAUGAGGAAGAGAUUGAAGAAUAUAAGGAUGAAGUAGAGCUGCAGCAAGAUGAAGAGAACCUGCCCUAUGAAGAAGAGAUUUAUAAAGAUUCCAGUACCUUUCUUAAGGGUACUCAGAGCUUAAAUCCCCACAAUGAUUACUGCCAACACUUUGUGGAUACAGGACACAGACCCCAGAACUUCAUCAGAGAUGUUGGCUUAGCAGAUAGGUUUGAAGAAUACCCAAAACUUAGAGAGCUCAUCAGAUUGAAGGAUGAGCUGAUAUCUAAAUCUAACACUCCUCCCAUGUACUUACAAGCAGACUUGGAAGCUUUUGAUAUUAGGGAGCUGAAGUCCAAAUUUGAUGUGAUUCUCCUGGAACCACCACUGGAAGAGUAUUACCGAGAGACUGGCAUUACUGCCAAUGAAAAAUGCUGGACCUGGGAUGAUAUCAUGAAGUUGGAAAUUGAAGAAAUUGCAGCCCCAAGGUCAUUUGUGUUUCUAUGGUGUGGUUCAGGCGAGGGUCUGGAUCUUGGCCGAGUGUGUCUACGCAAAUGGGGUUACAGAAGAUGCGAGGACAUUUGUUGGAUUAAAACAAAUAAGAACAAUCCUGGAAAGACGAAGACUCUGGACCCUAAGGCUGUUUUCCAAAGAACCAAGGAGCACUGCCUCAUGGGCAUUAAAGGAACUGUGCGGCGCAGUACAGACGGUGACUUCAUCCAUGCUAAUGUUGAUAUUGACCUGAUCAUCACAGAAGAGCCUGAAAUUGGCAACAUAGAGAAACCUGUAGAGAUUUUUCACAUCAUUGAGCAUUUCUGCCUUGGACGGCGACGUCUUCAUCUUUUUGGAAGAGACAGUACAAUUCGACCAGGUUGGCUGACCGUAGGACCCACCCUCACAAACAGCAAUUUCAAUGCAGAAACGUAUUCUUCAUACUUCACAGCUCCAAAUUCCCACCUGACUGGCUGUACUGAAGAGAUUGAGAGACUUCGGCCCAAGUCACCACCACCCAAGUCCAAGUCUGACCGGGGAGGUGGUGCUCCAAGGGGAGGAGGAAGAGGAGGGACUUCGGCAGGCAGAGGAGAAAGGGGCAGAGAGAGGAACAGAACUAACUUUCGGGGUGAGAGGGGUGGCUUCAGAGGGGGACGUGGAGGUACCCAUAGAGGAGGCUUCCCCACCCGCUGAUGACUGUUAAGUAAUUGCUUGUUCCCACGGUCCUAUGCCUCAUCUCUGAAUCUUUUUCUUAGUUUUGUUUUUGCUAAAGUGAAUUAUUCUGGGGACUCAGGAUAGAUGACUUUUAAAAUAAUUUUUGGUGCAAGCAGUUAAAGGUAGUCUGCCUUCCAGUGCCUGGCCCUGCAGCCAGCAGCAUGGAGCUCAGCCUCCUGGCAGCUGCUGUGUGCCAAAGCAGGGGGCACCAUCUUCAAACCCACAGAGAAGACUGAAGUGAAGAUACCUGCUCUUCCCUUAUGAAACUUGCAAGGUGUGGGCUUUAUUAACUGUCAUUUUCUCCAAAACAGGGAUUCCUCUUCCUUCUGUGGAGGUUCAGGUUUGGACUGACUUGGAUUAGUAUGAUGGAGCAGGCAUGAAAUGUAGUUCUGAAUUGCAUGGCCAUAGCAGGCUUACUCUCGCAUUCAUGGAAGAAAAGUGCUGUGUCUAUAUUGACACCUAUUUUAAGUUCUCUGAAGCCAAGGAGCAAAUUGAAUAAAUAGAAUUCUAUUUUUUUCUUACGUGGUUUAAAUUUCCCAAAUUAUUACUGGGAAUAGGGAACAAGUUUCUAUUUCAUUUGUGGUGUACAUGAACUCGUCAUGUCUGUCUUGAGGAGAGUGGCAGUUCUGUGCAGUCCUGUGUUGUGCUUCAUGGGAAGCAAGAAGCUGCACAUUUAUAUGCAGUCCAGAACUUCUAAAUAGGGCUGGAUUGCUUCUUGAGUAGGGAUUUUCACCCAGCAUCUGUUUGUAAUAGCCUUGUUCUUUGGUAGGGAAAACCAGGUUUAUUUCAGAGCCAUUUCAGUGUGCGUAGGAGAAAGGCCUCAUUGGAUGUCACAUUGGGAAUGGAGGCGACAGUGUGAGAGAGUGCUUCCUCAAAAGUCACCUGGGGAACGAGGGUGCAGUAACAGAAAUGAGUGUUUUGCUCUGCCUGUGAGCAUUAUGCGCAUUGGAAACAGACUGUUGGUGAUCAGCCCCAGAGUACGGUUGGAAAUUAAAGCGAUUUGCUCUGGUAUGUACAGUAUUUGUUUUUAGCAAAACCACUGAAAACAAAAAAACUCUGAACUUGGUCAGGACUCAGUAGACUGAACACACCUGUCUGCUGAAGUCUUAUAAUCUUAAGUGUGGAUUUUGGAAAAUUGGCUUUUAAGUCUCAUAAUGUUUCUCCUUUGAAGCCUAGAUUUUAAAUAACUGUCCUGUAAAGUAGUGGAUUAUUAAACUUGUUUAUCAAAGCUAAUGUUGAAAUAUUUUUCUUAGUAUUUUGUGGGUUAGUUCUCCUUGAGGUUUUGGAAUUGCUGAGUUUUACUGUGGUUUCCUCCUUGCUGUUGUACAAGAGCAGCUGUAACUGUUCUUUCAGUGCAUGAAACCUUAGCGCAGAAAUUUUUGUAGUGGCUGGUCAACUUUGUGGCCUUGGUAGCCUGCUUACUAAGGGCCUGCUGAAGUGCAAAUGAAACUCACCCUUGUUUACGUUUUGCCUCGUGCUGGAAGGGUAGUGCUGAAGGAGUUUGCAACUGCUUCAGAGCCCCAGCCAGAGUGGGGCUCUGCACUUGCUUUGCCUGGGAACACACACGCGCUUGCCGGAGCCAGCACGAGCAUUCAAACAGCACGUGGGAACGAGUUGCAGAAGCUGAGGAACACGGUGCAGAAGCUGCCAUCAGUGGACUGGAAAGAGGCUGGACACCUUGAAAAACACCUCUGCUUUAAACUCAGGCCACAUCUGGUUUGUAUAACGUGAAAGAAACAGUUGUUCCAUAUUUUUGAAUCUAAAUUAGAAAUUCAGUGACCCUUUUUUGAAUACAAUGAUGCUAACACGCAGGCCUGUACACUUCCAUACAAAAUGUAAUCACAAAUACUGAAAAAUGUCUAGUGCAGCAGAUCUCUACAAACAUGAAUUCCUCCCACACAACUUUUUAGACAGUUCUGGGAGACAUCAAAGAGGAGUCCAGGUGCCCAAUAUAUCCCCCUCUAGUUAAGGGGGUGAAGAUGCCUGGCUGCCUGCAUGGGUGGGGGCUUGGGGGUGUCCCAGGUGGCUGCCUGCAUCCCUUUGGGGAUGUCCCCCAGGGGGGUAUGAGGACAUUCCAGACACCUGUGUCCCCUGCAUUGCACCCCUUGUGCAAGCCCCUGCUCAUUCCAGAAUGGCUCCUUGUGCAAGCACCAGCCUGGAAGCACAGCCGUGCGCAAAGAGGUGAGCUCACACACUCCCCCCCUCGGGUGCACGUGUGUGCAAAGCCACACACCCCACACUGCACACGUGUGUGUGAGGCUGUGCCAGGCCCCAGGUCCCUCUACAUGUGUGAGAGGCCCCCCUUCCCCAGCAUGUGCACCUGUGUGUGCAAAACCGCUUCCUUCCAGGGUACCCCGGGCGCUGCAGCAGGCCCUGACACCCCCUGAGCUGUGCCUGCCUGCCGGCCCUGGGAAGGACUCGUUGCUCCCAAUGAGCCAUGUCCCCACCCCUGUGCUUGGCGUUGUUCGGGAGCUGCUCUGGGCACUGAUGCUCUCUAAAAGCUGAGUUCAUCUGCUGGCUCUGGCCUUCCCAGGCUGCGUGUUAAGCCUCCCAGUUGCUUUGUUGAGCCUCCAGUGGGGCUGCUGUUCUCGUGCCGACUUUGGCUCUGCUGGGCUGAUUCCUGAAGCGGUUCAGCCCUGCUGCAAAACAGGAGGGGGCCCGGGUCCAGCUCGGGCUGUGUGGGUGUGGAGCCUGCUCUGCUGGGCAUGUGCCCCCCCAGUUCAGCCGGCAUGACUGUAGUCACCAAUUUAUGGUGAGUGGGGAAAAGGGGGGGGUGGAGUGCCCCAGGCCUCUCUGGAGGAGCAGGGUUAGGGGAUCAGGCUCUGGGAAAGUGCAGGAAGAUGGGCAAAACCUGGCUGGGACAGCCCGUCCUGGCACUUUUAAUUCAUCAGGGAACUGGCCCAUGCAUGGAGCGACCCUUCACUUAAACUCUGCUCACUGCCUCAUCGCCCCCUGUCCCUUUCCAUGGGCCAGAUUAUUUUUUAAGACUCUCUUUACACCCCUUGAAAUCUCCGCAAGGUAUUGCAGAGCCACAGCUUCAAGAAAAAGCUAUCCCCAUCCUCUCUUGGCCUUGUGCCUCUGCUAACAAGCCUUCUCCCACCUCCAAAAACACCCCUCCUAUUCACUGGCACUGAACGGGGGUUGCACCUGGAUCCUGCGGGCCAAGGAGGAAUGAAAAACGCAUCCUCUCCCUGCGGAAACAGCCAGAUGACUGAACCGUGCUCCCCUCCCAGCCCGGACGCCGGGUUGGAGAACACCCUUAGCUGGUGCUCCCAGCACCCUCAAUCCCUGCCUGGCCCUCACCCCACGCUGACUGCACCCCAGGACUUGCUUCUCUCCCAGCCCUCUUCGGCAAGGUUGCGGAUGGGAGAGCUCGCAGCGGUUUGCUUCGCUGCCAGCCCUCCCGCGCCUUUCCCCCCAUAGCCGUGGCCACGAGCCCAGGCCGUGUGAGGGCUGGCUCCUCGGCCUGCCCUGGCAGGGCAGAGGGACCCGUGGGGCCAGCGUCCUCGCCCGUGAGGCGUGUUACUAACCAAUGAGGGAUAAAGUGAUAAGCACCUAACCAAUGUAAUUGUGUAGUUUGAAGUGUAUCAGGACCUUGGAGUUCUUUUGGGUAGUUGUGUUAGCUUUGUGGAAUUAGUACCUGACACCCCUCUUUGUGCAAUUAUGGAAUACGCUGAUAUCUCAGCUCUUUGUGUGAGAUUGACUUUUUAUAGACCAGGUAACAAACCCUGUUUGAGGGACAACACUGCUGCUUAGAAAAUAAUCAUCUCUUGUCAUUAGAUGCUGAUAAAUGAGCAGAGACACAGAGUCCCUCCGACUCCAGAAAUGCUUUGUGUCAGUGAUAGACCGGUACAUGGGAUGUACCUUUGUUCUCUUUGGAGAAGUGGCGUACUCUGUUUUUGUGCUGGUUGGGCAGUACCUGACAAAGAAUUGUUAUUGUAAGAGAAGUCUCAAGGUAACAACUCCAUCCAGAGUAUGUUUGGUUCUUUUCUUGCUUGGUUUUGCAUAUUUGUGAAUGCUGGUGGAUGUAUACCAAUACUUCUCACUCAUCCUCUUACAGAAAGGCACAUCAAGGCAAAAAAUGAUUUAUUAUAAUCUAGAAAGACAUUUUAACUUGCCAGACUGCAUUUUUACCCAGUCUUGGUAACAACUAGCUUACUGAAAAACCCUAUAAUGAAACAUGAAACUUGUUUUUGUUAAGUAAUUUACUGCAUGGAUUUAGGAUGGUGUUUUAUUCGGCUAGAGCUAGCCUCUUUCAUCUUUCUUUGGAGCUCUCACUUGUAAACCAGGGCAAGAGAGAAACUGAAAACAGGAACUGUAGCACGACUGCACUUUUCUACAGUGCCAGAAGAGAAAGAAAAAUCAAAUGCUUUUAAAUCUCCUCCUAGUUUGAAAAGCUCUGUACUUUACUCUUUUUUUUUAAAGCCAUUUUUGCCUUCUCUUCCCCGCCACUCGCUCCUCCAGGAGAGGCCCCAAGCGCCGGGGUCGGGCGGGCUGAGGGGCCCCUCACGGGCCGGGCCGGGCCGGGCCCCUCGUUCUCGCCGGGCGGGGCCUCUCGUUCUGGCCGGGCCUCGCCGGGCAGGGCAGCCGGAGGCCGCUGGCCUGGGGCCUGAGCGGCACCUCCGCUUGUUCUGGUUUUCCCGGAGAAACUCCUUUGGGCCCGGGCGGUGGGAGCAAGGUCGGCGCGGCCGAGUUUUAAAGGUAAACGGCUGAGGAAAAAUGAAAAGUAGACGUGUGUUAAUUUCUGCUGUUCGUUUCAGGCUGUAAGGACCAUUCACCACAUGCUUUCCGGGCUAUUUCCAGCCUGAAAUCUAGUCAGCUAUUUAAAAAUAAUGGUGAAAAUACUCUUUUAUCAUCACCACUCUCGGACCUCAUGUCUUUGCAGCUCUUUUUUUCCAUUUCUUAAAGCACAGGUAGAAAACUCUCAGUAUAGAAUAGUAUAUACUUUGUUUACCGUUCAGUAUAAGUUAUGCAGCCCAAGAAGAAGGGAAAUGGGCUCUGGGGUGUUGUUGAAAGCACACGGCUCCACUCUAAAUGAGAUGAAAGAUAUUUUUUUGUUUUAUUUGGGCCAUUCCAAUUUUAGUAAUUCCUAAGGCUUCUGGAAACUGUAGGAGGUAGUGUGUUUUCAGAAAGAAGUGUUAAAACUCAGUUUGACAGUGGGGGGCCUUUAACUAGUCUUUUAUAAUUCUGUCUGCCCUGUGUGAGACCCUUUGGCACGCUGUGGUUCUUUGGCAGUGUCCUGUGCGUGCUAUCCCAGAGAUGGGAUGUCUGCUUGCGGUUCAUGGCGUGUGCUGUGCCACAGCGGUGCUCACUGGGACAGCUUGGGGGCACGAUGAAAUGUCCCAGAAAUUUGUCAGGGAAAGCAGUGUGAUGGAGAAACAGUCACGGAGUCUUGGUGAGAGAAGGCCAGAACUCUUUCCUUUGCUUAGAGUAAAAGAACUUGUUUAUAGUAGAAUCCUAGUUGGUCAGCAUGUUCUACUUGUAUUCUUUUCUCAGUUUCACUUGCACAGUUUAGUCAACUGCUGGGUGGAAGUAAUAAGAUAUUUUGAAACAGGCAAUUUCUCUCCUGAUAAAAUUUAGAUAGACAUUAACUGUUAAGUUUCCUGAGUACCCCUCAUAGCAGGAGCCCAAGACACCAGUGUCAAGAUAAGUACCUGAGAAUUAGUUUGGAGCACCCCAGGGCUGAAGAAGGGAUGAGCUAACUCCAUGACCACAUAUGGCCAAAGGAAACCCAGAGUUCAUUCAGUGGACACUCUGAGGAAGACUAUGAACAACCACCAGAAGGGGAAAAGACCCUAACCUUAGUUUUAUCAUGCAUGCUCGGACUGUAUAAAUAAGUUCCAGGGAAUCUUAUGUAUAUGUAGAUUAGUUCUCAGAAAUCCACUGAAUAUGUAUAACCUCGCAGCAUAUAUUCUCUGUGAUUUUACGCGUCUGUUGGAGCACUCAUGGUGGAGUGAUCCCCAGUGCUGCUAAUAAAGAGUACCUGCUUAACAGUUA